AUGGCCUGUUCCAUCGUCCAGUUCUGCUACUUCCAGGACCUCCAGGCCGCCCGGGACUUCCUCUUCCCUCAGCUGCGGGAGGAGACCCCCAGCGGCGUCCUGCGGAGGGACCCCAGUAAAUCAACAAACUGGGAAGAUGAUGGCUGGGGAGCAUGGGAAGAAACAGACCUACAAGAACCUGAAGAAGAAGGAAAUACGUGCAGAACACAAAGAACUUCCUGGCUUCAAGACUGUGUUUUAUCCUUAUCUCCAACCAAUGAUCUGAUGGUUAUAGCUCGGGAACAAAAAGCUGUGUUUUUAGUGCCAAAAUGGAAAUGCAGUGAUAAAGGAAAGGAAGAAAUGCAAUUUGCUGUUGGUUGGAGUGGUUCUCUGAAUGUUGAAGAAGGGGAACGUGUAACUAGUGCCCUCUGUAUCCCACUAGCAAGUCAAAAGAGGAGUUCCACUGGACGCCCUGACUGGACUUGCAUUGUAGUGGGUUUUACUUCAGGCUAUGUACGCUUCUACACUGAGAAUGGUGUGCUUUUGCUUGCACAGCUUUUGAAUGAAGACCCAGUGCUUCAGCUUAAAUGCAGGACCUAUGAAAUCCCUCGACAUCCUGGCGUGACUGAACAGAAUGAAGAAUUGAGUAUCUUGUAUCCAGCUGCCAUUGUGACUAUUGAUGGAUUUAGCCUUUUUCAGUCUCUUCGUGCUUGUCGAAACCAGGUAGCAAAAGCUGCAGCAUCAGGGAAUGAGAACAUACAACCACCACCCUUGGCUUAUAAGAAAUGGGGUCUACAAGAUAUUGAUACUAUUAUUGAUCAUGCUAGUAUUGGUAUUAUGACAUUGUCCCCUUUUGAUCAAAUGAAGACUGCCUCCAAUAUAGGCGGAUUUAAUGCAGCAAUUAAAAACAGCCCACCUGCUAUGUCCCAAUAUAUCACUGUAGGGUCCAAUCCAUUUACUGGCUUCUUCUAUGCUCUUGAGGGAAGCACGCAGCCAUUACUAUCUCAUGUUGCUCUAGCAGUUGCAAGUAAACUCACUUCUGCUUUAUUUAAUGCUGCCAGUGGUUGGCUAGGUUGGAAAAAUAAGCAUGAAGAAGAAGCUGUCCAGAAGCAAAAGCCCAAGAUGGAACCAGCUACCCCAUUAGCUGUAAGAUUCGGUCUUCCAGAUUCUCGACGCCAUGGUGAAAGCAUCUGUCUGUCUCCAUGUAACACACUGGCAGCAGUAACAGAUGAUUUUGGCAGGGUGAUUUUAUUGGAUGUCACUAGAGGAAUUGCAAUACGUAUGUGGAAAGGGUACCGAGAUGCACAAAUUGGAUGGAUUCAAAUUGUAGAGGACCUCCAUGAAAGAGUACCAGAGAAGGUGGAUUUUUCCCCCUUUGGAAAUACUCAGGGUCCCAGUCGAGUAGCUCAGUUCCUUGUGAUUUAUGCACCAAGAAGGGGAAUUUUAGAAGUCUGGAGUACUCAGCAGGGACCUAGAGUAGGAGCUUUCAACGUGGGUAAGCACUGCAGAUUACUGUAUCCUGGCUAUAAAAUAAUGGGUUUAAACAAUGUUACCAGUCAGAGUUGGCAGCCACAGACCUACCAGAUCUGCCUUGUUGACCCUGUCUCUGCAAGUGUGAAAACAGUGAAUGUUCCUUUCCAUUUAGCUCUGAGUGAUAAAAAGAGCGAACGAGCCAAGGACAUGCACUUAGUGAAGAAACUAGCAGCUUUACUGAAAGUGAAAUCUCCCGAUCCAGUGCACUUUUAUCCAAUGGCUUUGGAAAGCAUUUUGGCAAGUGAACGUUUACCUUUCUCCUGUCUUAAAAACAUCACUGAGACUUUAAUGGACACUUUAAAAAAUCAAGAACUUGAGUCUGUGGAUGAAGGAUUGUUCCAGUUUUGUGCCAAUAAACUGAAAUUACUACAUCUUUAUGAGUCUAUCAGUCAAUUAAAUUCUCUUGAUUUUCAUUCAGAUACACCAUUCUCUGUUAAUGACUUGGCUGUGUUGCUAAGGCUCGAUGAAAGAGAACUACAUAAGCUCCAGACACUGUUAGAUAAAUACAAGCAAGAGAACACCAGAGCUUCUGUCCGAUUUUCUGAUGACAAGGAUGGUGUGUUGCCUGUAAAGACAUUCCUUGAGUAUUUAGAAUAUGAGAAGGAUGUGCUCAAUAUAAAGAAGAUCAGUGAGGAGGAAUAUGUGGCUUUAGGUAGUUUCUUCUUUUGGAAGUGUUUGCAUGGAGAAAGCUCCACAGAGGAUAUGUGUCACACCUUAGAGUCUGCUGGCCUUAGCCCUCAGCAGUUGUUGUCCUUGCUCCUGAGUGUGUGGCUUUCCAAGGAGAAAGAUAUUCUGGAUAAACCCCGGUCUGUCUGCUGUCUUCAUACAAUGCUGUCCCUCCUGAGCAAGAUGAAAGUGGCCAUUGAUGACACCUGGGAUUCCCAGUCUGUGUCCCCUUGGUGGCAGCAGAUGCGCGUGGCCUGUGUUCAAUCUGAGAACAAUGGAGCUGCUCUGCUGUCUGCUCAUGUUGGGCAUUCUGUGGCUGCGCAGAUAUCAAACAACAUAAUAGAGAAAAAAUUUUCCCAAACAGCUUUGGGUGCUGAUGCUGAGGCCCUCACUGAUUCCUGGGAGGCUCUUUCUCUUGACACUGAAUACUGGAAACUUCUGCUGAAACAGCUGGAGGACUGUCUGCUACUUCAGACUCUGCUUCACACCAAGGGCAGCACUCGAACCUCCAAAGUGUCAUCGCUGCAAGCAGAGCCACUUCCCAGGCUCUCGGUUAAAAAACUGCUAGAAGGAGGAAAAGGUGGCAUUGCAGACAGUGUGGCCAAGUGGGUAUUUAAACAGGACCUCAGCCCCGAACUGUUAAAACUGGCUAAUAAAGAAGAAGAUGUUGAAAAUCCAGAUGAACAUGAAGAAGGAAUUAACAAACGUCUCCUAGAUAUGUCGGAGGAGGGGACAGACUUAGGAGCCAUACCAGACUUGCUGCAUUUAGCCUAUGAGCAGUUUCCUUGUAGCCUAGAGCUCGAUGUGCUGCAUGCACACUGCUGCUGGGAGUAUGUUGUUCAGUGGAAUAAAGAUCCAGAGGAAGCACGUUAUUUUGUCAGGUCAAUAGAACACUUGAAGCACAUUCUUAAUGCACAUGUUCAGAAUGGCAUUGCGCUGAUGAUGUGGAAUACGUUCUUGGUUAAAAGGUUUUCUGCUGCUACAUACUUGAUGGAUAAGGUUGGAAAAUCACCAAAGGAUAGGUUAUGCCGAAGGGAUGUGGGGAUGAGUGACACAGCAAUGACAUCUUUCCUGGGCUCCUGUUUAGAUCUUCUUCAGACAUUAUUAGAGGCAGACGUUAGCAGGGAUGAAAUGCAAGUGCCUGUCUUGGACACUGAGGAUGCUUGGCUCUCUGUGGAAGGCCCAAUCUCCAUAGUGGAACUGGCCCUCGAGCAGAAGCACAUCCACUACCCACUGGUGGAGCACCAUUCCAUCCUCUGCUCCAUCCUCUACGCAGUCAUGCGCUUCUCUCUGAAGACUGUGAAGCCACUUGCACUUUUCGAUAGUAAGGGAAAAAAUGCAUUUUUCAAAGACCUAACUUCAAUUCAGUUAUUACCAAGUGGGGAAAUGGAUCCAAAUUUUAUUUCUAUACGACAACAGUUCUUGUUGAAAGUUGUUAGUGCAGCUGUCCAGGCCCAGCAUUCAGUGGCCAAGGACCAGGACUGUUCAGAAGAGGCAGCAACUACUCCUGGGAAAGACCCAGACUGGCCAGGGUUGGCCAUGGACUUAUCCCAUCACCUUCAAGUUAAUGAAGAUGUAGUUCGAAGGCAUUAUGUGGGGGAGCUCUACAACCACGGAGUUGACCACUUAGCAGAAGAGGCCAUUCUGCAGGUCCAUGACAAAGAGGUGCUGGCCUCUCAGCUGCUGGUGCUGACAGGGCAGAGGCUGGCUCAUGCACUCCUCCACACCCAGACCAAAGAAGGGAUGGAGCUGCUGGCUCGACUGCCACCCACACUCUGCACUUGGCUGAAGGCAAUGAACCCUCAGGAUCUUCAAAACACUGAAGUGCCCAUUACAACAACCGCUAAACUAGUAAAUAAAGUAAUGGAGCUGUUGCCAGAAAACCACGGGCAGUAUAGUCUAGCCUUGCACCUUAUUGAAGCUGUGGAAGCCAUAUGUAUUCCUUCUUUAUGACACUUACCUAUUGAAAAUAGUCUAAACUUGUGUGACAAAAACGUGAAUUAGUGCAUGGCCAUUUUACAUAGUAAGAGCUGGAAUUUUAUGGAAUAUAUCAUUUUCUGUUUUUGUAAAAUAAAAAUAUAUAUUACUUUCAAAAAGUGCAAUCUUGGGUAAAAUCCACUCCUUUGGUUAAUACUAGAGAUAAAAUAUGAACAAAUAUUAAUUAUACUAAACAAUACAGAUGUUUACUGUUUUUAAUUCAAACCCUUCAGUAGUUUUGUUGUUAAACCUUGCUAUUUAAAUUGGUUAUCAUUUACCGAUUAUGUUCUUAUAGAAGCCUACAUUUCAUACUCUUGUUGUGACAAGAUUUAAAUGUGUUCAUGGCCAGUCACAGUGUGCAGUUAGAGGAACACCCUGCUUUCCUUUAAAGUGCUGAGCAAGUUUGCUAACAGGCUACUCCUGGCACAGUCCUCUUCCUGGGUGUGCUGGGUGUUGCCAGCACCUGUUGGCAGCACCUUUCCAAAGUGCUGCCAUCGGAGGAGGAGAGGAAGGAGUUUGAGGCCUUCAGAAGGGACACGGGUAGCACUCGUAACUUGUAGUCCUUGCCAAAACAGGGGAUCUGGGAUGCAAAUGCAGCAAAAUCACUAUGAUGUAAUUAACACUUGCUUUUUUGCCCAAGUUGUAUCCACAUCAGGAAAUUGUAAAAAAAAAAAAAAUGUAUUAUCUUGUAAAACUUAUGUAGAAAGGGGAGGGGAUUCUAAAAUACUUCAGUCCACCUUUAUUUUUCCUACAACUGUUUAGAAAUGUCUGCUCCUAGGGUUGGUAAUGUAAUCUGUCCUUGAGAAUGUUCAGGAAAAGUGCUUAUUGAUACUCUAGCUUUAGCAAACCUACCUCACAGCCGGGUUGAAAGGAUACAGUACAACUAAUUUUGUACCCUACAGUGCCUAGAGCAGUCCAAGUGCUAAAUAAAUAUUUUUUGAUCCAAACCAAACUAACCAAAAGUCUGUAAGAAGUGUGUUGAACUCCACAAAUACAAGUAUGUAUUGUGGGGCGUGUUUGGAAUGAAGCCACACUGUGCCGCUACGGUAUGGGUCACAGGUUUUCAUAGUCACGCAUGUGAUACAGAACUUGGUUUCUUCGCUUCUUGUAAAGCCAUUUCUAGCAUUGAGCACAGUUGAGGAGGACUUCCUUCAAGGACAUAAUAUCCAAACGUGAAUUUUUUUACUAAAAGAUCACUUUCAACCAAGACCCGACUUAACUGUUUAUGUAGCUAUCAACUUUCAAGUCUAGAAAGAAAACUAUCUCAGGUGUUGAGUGGCUGUGGUAGACGUGUUGAGUCUUGGGGUGCGGGUGGCAUAGAGAAGCAGCACGGGAAGAAGCCUGAGCUGGUCCUGAGCUGGCCCGUCCUCCCGCCUCACUGACCUCCCCUCCCCCGCCAGACACAGCCUAGAAUCCUGUAAGCGCAUUGAGCUUCAUAGAGUCGCUUGUUACAUGUGUUCUAAGGAAUUAGUUUUUCCUGUGAUUCUCAAAAUACUCUCAAAGUAGUAUGAAUUUAGGAGGGUGGUCAAAGAAACUUGGGGUUAUAGAUACUACUGUCUAAUUCCAUUUAUACUUUUUUUGGGGGGAGGGUGAACUUGCAUUUUAGAUAGUAAUAAAAACUUACUCUGGAAGGUUCCAUAAUCAAAUCUAGGGAUACUGAAGAAAAAGCUGAAAUAUGGUUCAGAGAACUUUUUCAACAAAUUAAAUUUGUCAUCAUAAAACUUAACAUAUACAAAAUCUGAAUUCUGGGUUUAAUGGUUAGGAAAAGCAGUUAAAUAUUUUACUGCUUCACUAAGGGCUUUUAAAAUAAAUCUGAUAACAAGAAAGAAAAACGAAGCAGGUCAUGGUGGCACAUGCCUAUAAUUCCACCUACUGGGGAGGCAGACCCAGAAGGAUCUCAAGUUUAAGGCCAGCCCAAAAAAGUUAGAAGGCCCUGGAUUCAAUCCUCAGGACCACAAAAAAUAAUAAUAAUUUAAUAUCUAUGUAUACAUUCUAUUACACGAAGAGCUACAAAUAGCAGAAUUAGGUUUUACAUAGAAUAGGCAUAUACAGGUAGCCCAGGUUCAGAGAAGCCAAUAACCACGAGUGUUUCCUAUAGACACUCCCUUCCUUAAAGUUACAUACUUUUUACACUGCUAAAGUCUACUUUAUAAUGCUAAAGGAAAAAAGAGGUGUUCAAAUAAUUAUAACUACAAAUUACACCUAGACAUAGAGAAGUAGGUAAAGAAGAUAUAAAUAAAUGUACAUAAGGAAGUAUAUAGCACCAGGCUCCUAAAUGCUUCAGAUUUAGAAAAAGGGGGGAAAAAAAAUCUGUGUUUUAUAACAUUUCAUCUAAGAUCAAAGUCAGUCCUUUUAAAUUGCCUUUUUAAAAACUGAUGAAUUGUAAUUUAAAAUCAUAAGAAAAGUUAAGAUUUAAUAAUAAAAAGCUUACGCCAAUUAUGUUCAUUUGGCAGUUGCUGUGGUCCUCUUCAUUUAUAAGAGACAGAUACUUUCACAGUGCCCCAGAGCAGAGGUACAGGCCUCUCCUGGUAACAGGAAUGGGGCGGAGGGCUUCUGAGCUCCUAACAGAUAAAUGUCUGCUGCGUCAAUUAGCCAUUCUCAGAAAGAUUUUAAUCCUAUACUGGAUUGUUUAUGAAAUGUUCUUUUAUCUGUUGUACUGUAAGCAGUGUGAAAUUCUGUAUAUAUUGCUAUUUUCUGUGUUCAUUGUUGUGAACUUCUUGUAUAUUAGUGAAAUAAAUUUUCAGCUUUCUUGUUUAACACUCA